CAGACACACAACCAUGCCUGCAGACCUCAGCGGUACCUGGAACCUUCUCAGCAGCGACAACUUCGAGGGCUACAUGCUGGCCCUGGGUAUUGACUUUGCAACUCGUAAGAUUGCCAAGUUGUUGAAGCCACAGAAAGUGAUCGAGCAGAAUGGGGAUUCCUUUACCAUCCACACGUGCAGCAGCCUGAGGAACUACCUUGUUAAAUUCAAAGUUGGAGAAGAAUUUGAGGAGGAUAACAAAGGCCUGGAUAAUAGAAAAUGCACGAGCCUGGUUACCUGGGAGAACGACAGACUCACUUGUGUACAGAAGGGAGAGAAGAAAAACAGAGGCUGGAGCCACUGGAUCGAAGGGGACCAGCUCCACCUGGAAAUGUUCUGUGAAGGCCAAGUAUGCAAACAGACCUUCCAGAGAGCCUGAUCCAUGUCCAGCAACAGAGCCCACUUGGGGAAACUGCUUGAUGCCAAAUUAUCUUGCAGAAGGAACGGGUGUUUAUUUGGUUUGGGUUGAUGAAGGGCCUUGUAAUUGGAAAGAUGUCACACAGCCUGUUCCAGAAACUAUUUGAUUUCAGGACAUUUUCAGCUCCAAUAAACCUGUUCAUAUGA